AUGGUCCCUGUACAGUCUUUCACAAGUGGGCUGCUGGGCACAGGUUGGGCUGCUGGUCACAGGUGGGGCUGCUGGUCACAGGUGGGGCUGCUGGUCACAGGUGGGGCUGCUGGUCACAGGUGGGGCUGCUGGUCACAGGUGGGGCUGCUGGUCACAGGUGGGGUUGCUGGUGCUGGUGCUGGCGCUGGCGCUGGUGCUGGUUCCUGGUGCUGGCGGCUGGCGCUGGGGCUGGUUCCUGGUGCUGGCGGCUGGCGCUGGGGCUGGUUCCUGGUGCUGGCGGCUGGCGCUGGGGCUGGUUCCUGGUGCUGGCGGCUGGCGCUGGGGCUGGUUCCUGGUGCUGGCGGCUGGCGCUGGUGCUGGUUCCUGGUGCUGGCGGUUGGCGCUGGGGCUGGUUCCUGGUGCUGGCGGCUAGCGCUGGGGCUGGUUCCUGGUGCUGGCGGCUGGCGCUGGGGCUGGUUCCUGGUGCUGGCGGCUGGCGCUGGGGCUGGUGCCUGGUGCUGGCGGCUGGUGCUGGUGCUGGUUCCUGGUGCUGGCAGCUGGCGCUGGUGCUGGUUCCGCCGCCACUCCCUUCCCCUCCUCUCUCUCCUUUUCACAGCGUCCCGCCGCCACUCCCUUCCCCUCCUCUCUCUCCUUUCCACAGCGUCCCGCCGCCACUCCCUUCCCAUCCUCCCUCUCCUCCCCAUGGCGACCGCCGCUGCACACGCAAACACGACCGCCGGUGCGACAGGCGAGGUGCAGGGUGGCGCUGGCUGCAGUCGAUGGCGCAAACGCGAUCGCGGGCCGCUGGCGACUUCGCUGGCGACUUCGCAGGCGGGUCGCUGGCGGUCGCCAUAG